UGUAACCAGACAACUUUAACAACAUCCAAUAUGAUUUUUAAGGUAGCAACUAUCUUCGCUUUGGUCGCCGUGGUCUCUGCUGAUCACCAUCACGCGUUUUCAUCGCAACACGUUCACAAACACGAUGGUCACCAUGAGGUCGUGUCGCACGGACAUGGUCACCAUCAUGAUUACUAUACUCAUCCCAAAUACCACUUCGAGUAUAAGAUAGAGGACCCCCACACGGGCGACCACAAGAGCCAGCACGAGGAGCGCGACGGCGACGUGGUGAAGGGCUACUACGAGCUGAAGGAGCCUGACGGUCUCAUCAGGCACGUGCAUUAUCACGCCGACAAGCACUCAGGGUGAGUACCUUGAAGACACAGAUUACUUACCUUAAAUAGACCCUCUUGCCUUAGAUAAACUUAA